AUGACAGGCUUGAUGACUGCAGAAAGGCCGUUUGGGAUUUACCUAUAUCCCUACUUUGAGUCCUUUUAUAGAUGCGUUACAGGAAAGAAAGCAUCAUCAUUUCGAUUUGUAUAUGGUAGCACACCACUGUCUACCAAUAAAGAAGGUAACGGUAAUCAUCACAACGCACACCAACAAACUACUAACUCGGUAUCAGUCAUCUUGUCAUGCAUUGCGUAUUUUGUCAUCCUAUUUGGUGGCAGAGAAUGGAUGAAGAAUCAUCCGCCUUUCAAAUUGCAAAAGCUGUUUCAACUACACAACCUUUUAUUGACAGUGGUAUCUGCUGCCUUGUUGAUGUUGGUUGUCGAGCAAAUUUUCCCCCAGCUCUAUCACCAUGGCUUGUUGUAUGCCAUCUGCUCUCCUCGUAAUUGGACGCAGAAAUUAGAGUUGCUGUACUAUCUAAACUAUCUGGUCAAGUACUGGGAACUAAUUGACACUGUAUUCUUGGUAUUGAAAAAGAAGAAGCUUGAGUUUCUCCAUUAUUACCACCAUAGUUUAACGAUGGUACUGUGCUACACUCAACUCAAUGGCCAGACAACCGUUUCUUGGGUUCCCAUCACACUCAAUCUGAUGGUGCACGUAUUAAUGUACUACUACUACUUCCGAACGGCUGCAGGAGCCAAGAUUUGGUGGAAAAAGUACCUUACAACGCUUCAAAUCAUUCAAUUCGUUAUUGAUCUGGGCAUCGUGUACUUUUGCACCUACACUUACUUUAGCUACACGUACAUUCCCAUCCUGCCUGACUGGGGAUCCUGUGCUGGCACCGAGACAUCUGCAUUAUUCGGUUGUGCAUUGCUCAGUUCCUACCUGUUGCUGUUCAUCAACUUCUACCGUCUCACAUACAAGCAAAACAAGCAGCAUCAGCAUACCACCAAGGCAAAGAAUCCCAUAGUGGUUAUCGAAAACAACAAGGAGGCAAUUGAAAGAAUGACUCGCUCCAAGACAAAGGGCUCCACUGCUUCCCCCUCUACCACAGCCAAAGACACUACCCAUGCGACUCAAAAGAGAAAGUCUAAAAAGAUUUAA